AUGAAUACUACUGAUUCAACUAGCGCUGACGUUAUUGCUACGAAAAUGUUAGAUAAUCAUAACAAAAAGGUGGAUGAACUUUUUCAAAAGCAACAUGUAGAAUAUAUUCAAGAUUAUUUGACCAAAGACUUAGAAACAAAUCUUACAAAAGUGCAAGAUGAAUUAUUUAUUAAAUUACUGGAUUUUAAAAACAUUGAAACAAUGUUGGAUAAUUGUCAAGGAUAUAUAGAUAUUUAUCAAACUGAAAGUUUACAAAUAGAUAAUUCGUUAAGAAACUUAUGUUUUAAUGACGAAAAGUAUAAGUUUGAAAUUUUGAAAAAUGAAAAACUUGUUAUGAAAUCACCUGCAAUUGAUUAUAAAACUUCUGAUGGUACCAUUGAAAAAAUCAUGGAUGAUUUUACUGAACUUAGUGCAAAAUAUACUUGGGAACUCAUUGUUCAAAAUUUCAUAAAAAACCCAAGCAUUUUAAAUUUCAAAGAAAUUUGUGAUACUUGGAAUACGAUUCACGAACAUAAAAUUGAUACUAGAUUGGUGUGUGAAAUAAAAAAAUGGCUCUUCAAAGAUGAAGAGCAGAGAACUGAUUCAGAUGAUAAGGAGGCAGUUGGUGAAGGAGAUGAAAAUGGUGAUAUUAUGGAUUUGUUAACUGAAAAGCAACAAUCUAGUACUGAUUAUAACGAUCAAGAUGAAUAUAAUGAAAGAGUCGACUUUAACAACAAAUUGAUUGAAUUCUAUAAAAAAUUAAAAACCGUUUCUAAUGAUGCUGAUAUAUCACAAUUGCUUGAUAUACUUGGAGAUAAAAUAGUUUUGUUGCAUGAAAUACAAUCCAGUGAGUUAUCAAAUUAUAUCAAAAAAGAUGAAUAUUUAAACAGAAAAUACUAUAUGAUGGUUAGAAAUCAGAUUAAUAAGCUGUUUUUGAAAUUGAAUGGGCUUGAUCCCUGUUCUGGUACUCUAAAAUGUACGAACUUGUAUGAACUAGUAUCAAAUGGUAAUACAAUGGAUAACACAGAUGAAAGUAUGAUAUAUGAAGUAUGUUUACAGACCAAAUACUAUAGUAAGGGCUGGUUCAAUGAGGAUUUGGUAGGCCGUGGUGUAAUCAAUGAAAAAAUAAAAAGGUUGUUGAGAGAUAUUGAUGAAUAUGUUAAUUUUGCUACCAACGAUAAAAUUGGUUUUAUAAAAAGUGUCAAAGGAAAAUUAGAUGAUGAAGUUUUGGUGAAAAUAAACGAAAAAGAAAAUGAAUGUAGAGGUAGUAGUUAUUGGUUGUUGCAACAAUUACGGAACCCAAUAUAUCAAAAGGAGCAGGUUAAAGGAGACGAUACUAAAGCUGUUGUGGAACAGAAUGAAGCUAAAGUUGAUAAGGAAGAACAGAAUGAAGCUAAAGGUGAUAAAGAAGAACAGGUUAAAGGAGACGAUACUAAGGCUAUUGUAGAGCAGAAUGAAGGUAAAGGUGAUAAAGAAGAACAGGUUAAAGGAGACGAUACUAAGGCUAUUGUAGAACAGAAUGAAACUAAAGUUGAUAAAGAAAAGAAGAAAAUUAACAAGGAAGAACAGAUGGAAUCAUAUAAUAUGGAGAAAACUCGUAAAGAAGAUAUUGAGAAUAAGAAUUGUGAUAAAUUUAUCGAAAGUGGUGAUAUUAUUUUCCCUGAUCUAACAGCAACCCCUGUCACACCCUUAACAAUGGACCAAAUAAUUGAACAGCUGGUGAUUAAUGUUAAUGUUAGACAUUGGAACUUAUUUGCUAACGGGAACAGUACAAGCUGCUAG